UUUAGGGGCAGGCUCGCUCGAGCCCGGCUCGUUCACAGCCCACCCGCUCAGGUUUAUCUCCUCCCUGUUUCUCUUCCCCUUCUAUCGGACUCUCUCCUCCCUUGCUCUUCCUUCCCUGGCGGCGACUGAGCGAGCGGCGGCGCCAUUUAUCCUGUCUUCGCCCAGCCCUUUGCCGGCGACGACCGCAUCCUCGAGAUGGCGAGCACGGGGCGAUCGAUGCUGCUGUCGCUGCUACUCUUCGCGGUGACGCUGUCGCUGCUCGAGAUGUACAGUGCCAAGUUCGCCUCGUCGGAGCUCAUGACCAUCGCCGGUGGAUUCAUCUGCUCCCUCCUCUUCCUGCUACUCCUCACUUUUAUUGGGAAUUACCAAGAAGCUAGUGGAGAUAGAACUGGGUGGGGUGCAGUUGUUGUAGCACAGCUUGUUGCUCUUAUUGUAGCUGGCACUGUCCACCGCGUCUGUAUCACAACAUGCUUUCUGUUUUCUGCGGGGCUCCUUUACGAGGUUGACAAGCUCUCCGGCAUGACCCUCGCGAGGAGCGAGCCUAAAGUGAGGCGGCACUGAGCACAGGAUAGAAGAUCAGAAGCAUCGAUAUGCAUGUACGAACCAUGACUCAUUUGUAGAUCAAACCGAGAUCCCCUGGCCCCCCAGUGGACUCGAACCUCAGCUGAGAAUCCUGGAUACUGGUGCGAAACCCCAGCUGAGAAUCCUGGAUUCUAGUGCGUUCGCGCCGAGGUCACAUUCUGAUGUUUGUCUGAUCCAUUGACUAGGUAAUAUGUACUGUCACACCAUUUUUCUUGAUAUCACUUUCCUUUUUGCCGAA